AACGCCGAUAGCCCGCGUCCGGUCUACACCGCCAUUCCCAUCGCCUCGGUCUAUGGGGCGUUCCAGUCGGUGGUGGCCAUCGUCGUCGCCCUGAACGCCCGGGAGCGCGACGGCGUGGGGCAACGAAUAGAAGUCCCCCUGUUUGACAGCAUGUUCCAGUCCCUGGGGCGGUUCGGAGUGCGGGUGCACAACGCUCCGCCGGCGAUUCCGAUGCUGCAAGAGUUGUGGGGCGGGAUCUUCCAGUGCAGCGACGGCCAGUACGUGCGCUUCGGCGGCUCCGGCAACCAGAACUUCCGGCAGUUCGUUGAGGCCGCCGGGAUUACAUCGUGGGAUGACGAGGGGCUCACCGACUUCGACCGCCCCCUGGACGUCCCCCAAUUCCACGCUGAGGCGCAACAGCGGAUUCGGGAACUCUUCCUGUCUCGCACCGCACAGGAAUGGGAAGACCUGAUCGCCGAGGCGGGCAGCGAGGGCGCGGUGUGCCGCACCAGCGCCGAAUGGUUUGACCAUCCCCACACGCGGGCCUCCCAGAUGAUGGUGGAAGUUGACGACCCCACCUACGGCAAGAUGCUACAGCCGGGGAUCAACGCCCGGAUGUCUUUGACACCGGGCAGGGUGCGCGGGCCGGCUCCCACUCCCGACCAGCAUCGGGGAGAAAUUCUCGCGGAGUUGAGGCCGCGCCCGGCGUCUGAGGCCGCGAUGCACCAGGACACCAUGAGUUCCGCGCUUGAUGGGGUGAAGGUGCUGGACCUGUGCAUAAUCCUGGCCGGCCCGACCAUGGGCCGGACGCUGGCCGAGUACGGGGCCAAUGUUAUCAAGAUAGAUAACCCCAGACGCGGCUCCACCGUGGCCCGGCAUAAUGACAUCAACCGGGGCAAGCGCAGUAUCCUGUUGGACCUGAGAUCCGAAGAGGGGCGCGACGUUUUCUGGAAGUUGCUGGAGGACGCCGACGUGGUGGCCCAGAAUUACCGGGCCGGCAGCCUGGAGCGGCUGGGCCUGGGAUACGAAGCGGUGAAAAAGCGCAAGCCCGACAUCGUCUACGCUUCAUUGAACGCCUACGGGCACAUGGGCCCCUGGGCGGAGCGCCCCGGUCACGAGGGGUUUGCACAGGCC